UGUCAUUUUUCAUCACACGUGCGAUGUGCUAAAAAAGCAAAACAAACGAAAUUAAUUUUUAUAAAAUUAUUAUUUUAUAUAUUCAAAGUAGAUAUGGGUAAAAAAGUGUUUAAUGCCAAGGCUCGGCAAUCUCAUAAGACCACAAUCGAUAAUUCCGAAGUCAAAAAGAUCAAACUUGAACUAGGUGAUUCCAUUGCAACUUCUUCGGGUUAUGACGAUGCUAAUCCUUUGGUGCUGCCGUCCAAGAAACGCAAAACUAAAACUAAACCCGAGAUCGUACAGCACACCAAAAUCCUGACCAAAAAGCAAAGGAAACGUCUGCAAACAAUUGUCGACAAAAAACGAAAAAAGGAAGAGAGAGCAUCUAUACUCGAAGGUCUGGAAAAGGUCAAAAUAUCUCCAGAUGAACUGAGCUUGUAUCAAUCAAUCAGUCAAGUGCAAACCAUUGGUCUAAAAAACUUUGGCAAUUUUGAGGCGAUUCAAGAAAAGCAAAAGCGUAAGAAGGAGCAGAAGCAACAAGAGGACGCUGCUGGACGAAUAAGCAGCAUAGCAGGAAUAAACAAACGCAAACGAUUGGAACUCUUGAAGGGCUAUAAUGAGGCAGACGAAAGUGACAGUGAUGGUGAGACACAAGCAAAGAAGAAAAAUCCAAACGUUAUUGGAUUGGAAGCCGAAUCAUCGUCAGAUGAUGAAGACGAAGAUGACAAAAAUGAUAAGGAGGUUCUCCCUGAAGCAAAGGUAAACCAAGAACCUGCUGUUGUCAAAGAAGAGAAGGUUCUUGAAAAACCAAAAGUUUCAUCUAAGCCUGCUGUUUACAUACCCGUUGAUCGUGAUCCAGAAAUUCAAGCUGCUCGUCUGAGACUUCCCAUUCUUGCCGAAGAACAGGCUAUCAUGGAAAUCAUAAAUGAAAACUCAAUCAUUAUCGUCGCUGGAGAAACCGGCUCCGGUAAGACCACCCAAAUUCCCCAGUUCCUGUACGAAUCCGGCUAUGGGGAGCACAAAAUGAUUGGUAUCACCGAACCGCGUCGUGUCGCCGCCAUUUCCAUGUCGAAGCGUGUAGCUCGGGAAAUGAAUCUCAGCGAAAAAGAAGUUUCCUAUCUGAUUCGUUUCGAGGGCAACGUCACAGAUCGGACUAAAAUAAAAUUCAUGACGGACGGUGUGCUUCUCAAGGAAAUCGAAUCCGACUUCAUGCUUCUUAAGUACUCAGUGAUCAUACUUGACGAGGCCCACGAGCGGAGCGCCUAUACUGACAUCCUCAUUGGGCUGCUUUCGCGUAUUGUUCCUUUGCGAUUAAAGCGCGGCAAUCCACUGAAACUAAUUAUCAUGUCAGCUACUCUGAAAGUAGAGGAUUUCCUCGAAAACUCUAAACUGUUUCGAGUUCCUCCACCACUGGUUAAAGUGGAAGCACGGCAGUUCCCAGUCACAGUUCACUUUCAAAAGACCACCGCUGAAAAUUAUGUAGAAGAGGCUUUUAAGAAGACCAUGAAGAUCCAUUCGAAGCUUCCCGAAGGGGGGAUUUUAAUUUUUGUCACAGGUCAGCAAGAGGUUAACCAUUUGGUGAGGAAGCUAAGAAGAACGUUUCCAUACAAACCAGUCGCCGCCCCUGAUAAGACAUCAUCCGAUGAAAACAAGGACGAACCAGCCAAAGAGGAAGUCGAUGACGAUGAUGAAUUUGACAUGAAAAAAGCCAUAAAGAAUGUCAAAAAGUCCAAAAAGAAAUUUGUGUCCCAGAUCGCAUUGCCAAAGAUCAAUUUGGAUGACUACAAGCUUCCAAUAGACGACACCGAAGCCGACCUCCAUGAAGACGAUCAAGAUAUGGAAAACUUAGAUGAUGAGGAAAAUGGGGAAAACGACGAGUCCGAUGACGAAAAUGAUGAAGUAACAACCUCCCAGCCCCUGUGGGUGCUGCCUCUGUAUUCGCUUUUGUCGUCUGAGAAGCAAAGUAGAAUAUUCCAGCCACCACCAGAAGGAUGCAGACUUUGUAUUGUGAGUACAAACGUGGCUGAGACCUCCCUCACCAUACCUAACAUCAAAUAUGUAGUGGACUCGGGGCGACAAAAGACGCGUCUUUAUGACAAAAUUACUGGAGUAAGUGCAUUUGUUGUGACAUUCACUAGCAAAGCCUCGGCUGACCAGAGAGCUGGAAGAGCAGGGCGUACGAGUGCUGGACAUUGUUAUCGACUUUACUCCAGUGCAGUGUACAACGACGAGUUCGAGGCCUUCAGUAAGCCAGACAUUCAAAAGAAACCGGUAGACGAUCUUAUGAUGCAAAUGAGGUGCAUGGGCAUCGACAGAGUGAUAAACUUCCCUUUUCCUUCGCCACCAGUUGCCGAGCAGCUCCAAGCCGCUGAAUCGAGGUUGAUAGUCUUGGGUGCACUCGGACCCAAGCACAAUCCUGAUGAUCCAAAAUGUGUACCACCAGUGACGAAACUAGGACAGGUUAUAUCGCGCUUCCCAGUCGCUCCUCGCUUUGGUAAGAUGUUGGCUCUGAGUCAUCAGCAAAAUAUGCUUCCCUACACAGUCUGCCUGGUGGCAGCGUUAUCUGUCCAGGAGCUUCUGAUUGAAGCUGGUUCAGACAAGGAAAAGGACGACGGUGGAAUGGAUGUGAGUAGAAUGCAGCGACGUCGUCAAUCGUGGGCUUCGACUGGAAACUUUGAGCUUUUAGGUGAUCCAAUGGUACUCUUGCGGGCUGUGGGAGCUGCUGAAUAUGCCGGAUUCAAGGGUGAGCUGCUGAAAUUUUGCACUGAAAAUGGCCUUCGCCACAAAGCUAUCACAGAAGUUCGUAAAUUGCGUGUGCAACUGACCAAUGAGAUAAACUUAAACAUGGCUAACGUCGACCUCUGUGUAGACCCCGAAAUGGUACCUCCGAGUGAUAAACAGGCGAAAUUUUUGCGUCAAAUUCUACUUGCCGGAAUGGGUGACCGAGUGGCGAGAAAGGUGCCACUUGAUGACAUCAAUGACAAGGAACAAAAAAGAAAGAUGAAGUACGCCUAUAACUGCCUUAAUAUGGAGGAGCCCGUCUUUAUACACUCGUCCUCGAUUCUGAGGAAAAAACAACCAACAUGGGUGGUCUACCAGGAAGCCUAUGAAACUCAGAACGGUGAAUCGACAAAGCUCUUCAUUCGUGGAGUGACUGCAAUCGAACCCGAGUGGUUGUUGAUGUACGUCCCGAGACUGUGCAAUAUUCGUUCGAUAAAGGAAGACCCUCUGCCAAAGUAUAACGCCGAUGAGGGGAAAGUUUAUUGCUUUGUAGAUGCAACUUUUGGAAAAGCUGCCUGGGAGAUACCUCUGGCUGAAGUAGAAAUGCCUUUAAGUGAAAAGGCUUGUUGCUACUUUGGUAUGUUCUUCCUUAAUGGAGACGUUUGCCCCAAACUCUUGGAUUUCAAAGCCAACCUUAAAGCUACACCAUCUUCGAUAACGAAAAGCUGGUCUAGCUUAAAUGAGAAUGUGACAAGGUUCAAGAGAGCGCUAACCACAAAAGAGGUUCAUUGUAAGCAAAAAUUGUUGGAUGAAUGGAAGAGAGACCCCAAUUAUCUUCUGCAGGAGUACUGUGAUCUUUUGUAUGAGGUGACAUUAGCAGAUUUGACGCACAUAUGGCCACCUAUUGAUUCUGUUUGAUAAACUAGGGACUAUUUUUAUUGUUGUAAAUAGAUUUUAAAUAAAACCAAACUAAUUCAAAAGUA